AUUCAAGAGAUGGCGUUGUUUUGACUUUUUUAUAACUAAUUCAAUGGCUGAACGACGCUUUACGCGUCUUAAGGCAUCGCUCUCGGAAACGGCGGCCAAAACCCGAGAGAAUGUGUCCCGAGAAUUACGACAAUCGAUGGUUAGUGCGGAUUCGGUUGCGGACGACGCGUCUGUUGGCGAAGACUAUGAAUCGUUUGUUCGCAAAGAAAGCCAUCGUUUUGUCGAACGGUUUCCCGAAAACGACAUUUCCAUUGAAGUGAUUCCGCCUUUGGAUUCUUCGGCUUCGAAUGACUCUUCGGUUAUAGCAAUGGCUCGUGAAUGUUGUCGCCAUUUAUCGACUGAAAGACGUGUUUUUCGGUUUCAAUCGUUCGACGAAUUCUUUGGAUCUGUUUUUGACAUUUGUUCGGAAACAACGAUUGGAAAAGGAUUGAGAACUCAUGCUUUAGAAGAAGUGGACAAAAGUGAAGAAUCGAAAGAAAUAGUGAGAGAAUCGGCAGUUGUUAUGAACCGAAUGAACGGAUUUCUGAGUCUUUGGCGUCAAAGCGAUCACUGCUUUCUUUCCUUUUUUCGCGACCGAAAGCGCGAACAUCUCAUUUGGACUCAAGAAGUCACUCAAGAGGUCCGUCGUUCGCAAUCUGUUCUUCACGUCGAUUGUCACGCAAUCGAACUUCCAGACGAAGAAACAGUGAUUAAGUGGCAAAACGACAUAAACGGCGCGCGUUUCGACGCCCGAAGAUCGUUGUCUCGAAUCGGAUUGUUGUCAUGGAAAUCGAUUCAAACUUUUGAAAAACAGAACCGAUUAUCGAAUUUGUUUAUUGCAUAUCACGAUCUCAACAAAAGAAAAGGACUUUUUUCUAAUUUAAAACCAAAACCUUUUUCCACUCUUUUGUCGACAAAAACAUUGUCUCAACUGAUGGUCACGUGUUUUGCUCUCGAAAUUCCCAAUAAAGCGCGUGGAGACCUCUUCCGCGCCAAACUGGCCAUUUUCGAUUCUUCGGGAAAACAAUCUUCAGAUUUCCGCUUUCGAUGCGAUGUUUGGCCACAAAAAGCGGUUUUUUGGACGGAAGACGUGUUGAACGACGCGUUUAUUGUUUUGCGAAUCGAAAGACAACACAACUGCCAUUCGGACACUCAUUGGGAACCGUUUGCGUGGAGUUUUCGUUCUUUGAAUAGCAUUUCGAAUAACGAAAACUCGGAAUCUUUUGGUCCACUCUUUAGAAGCGAUUCUUCGAGAAUAUCUGAUGAUUCUGUCAUCGCUUUUGUCACUUCAGCCGAAAAACCCCGAACUUUGACUACAAUUGGCGGACAAUUGACGACUAGUUUUCGCCGAAUAACAGCCAUAGAUAUGGACGCCAUUCGUGUGGAUCGUCUUCGUCCCCGUGAUUGUCCUCCUGAAGCCGUGAAUCACGUUCUGUUUGUGUCUCCGGUCAGUCUUCGCUACGAAUCGCAGAAAUUGUUCCCAAAGGCUCGGAAUCUUCAGCUUUCGGUCGAACUUCGAGAUUCUGAUUCUUCGGAAUCCAUUUCUCUUUCAUCUCUGAAUGGAAUUCAAACUCAAGUCUUAACUUCAGUUCAAAAACAUAAUCCAAAUCCGGAUUUCAAUGAAGAAAUUCGAAUUCAAUUACCGAAUCAUAUUUCAGACAAACUCCACGUGUUGUUCACCUUUUCGCACGUGUCCUGCAAGAAGGAAUGCGUUCGUCACGCCGUCGGCUAUUCCUGGCUUCCGAUUGGUCGUCACUCGACGUCCACUUCGGCCGUUCUCUCCGUGUUUGGAUCCCUUCCUCAAGGAUACCUUUCGUGUCAGUCUUUGGGUUUAGGAAAAGGUCUUUCAAUGCCAGACACGAAAUGCGUCGCAAAAGACGUCUUUAAACUCAAUCUUCGUCUCAACUCUUCUCUUCUCUCACGUGACGCUCAACUCAACGCCGCCGCCGACUGUCUUGCAAAACUCACCCGCGCUGACGACGGGCGCGAUCUGUCGCGUCUCGUGUCUCUUGAAGCCGCCGUCGGACGCCAUUUGCGGUCUCUGACCACUUGUGACGUCACAGAACUCGUGCGUUUCUGUCCGAUUGUCGUCCAAUUAAUGCUCGAUUUGGUCGUGACGUCACUCAACGCUGACGUCAGACUUGAUGCUUUCUUUUCUGUCAUCCGAUUGGCUGAACGUCUUCAACACCGCUCUGACGUCAUCGCGCGCUUUGUGGACAUGGAUUUCCGAGUGCCGUCGGUUGUUGACUCUGCAGCUCACGAGACUCUGGCCGCUACUUUGGUUAGUCUUCUGGAUAGUGUUGAAAGCAGUGAAGAGGAGUCGCGUCUCGUUUUGCGUCACUUAUGGUUUCCGCUCCGCCUUCUGGUCAAAGCUCUGGUCCAAUGGCUUUUCGACAACAGUCUGUUCUCCGCCUUUCGUGAAAACCGUUUUUCCCGCAAAUUCUCGUUAAUCACUCGACAAUUGGUUUCUCGCGUGACGCGUCUCAUAACUCAGUGGUCACGUGCAGAUGAAAGUCAAUCCGCGAAUCGAAGUCUUUCGCACUUUAUUUGUCGACUUUUGUCUCUUUCCGAUCGCUCCGAAGCCUUCAAUUUAGCCGAUUCUCAUCUCCGGUCUCUCUAUUCACGAGACGUUCUUCUUUCCGAACUCCGCCUCCAUUUUCUGGCCAUUCUUCUUUCUCACGAACAUUUAGUCGCUCUUUCAGACUCCGCCCCCUCUCUGUCCCGCCCUGACGCCCACUUUCUUCCGCAACUCCUAUUUCGCGAACUACGCCACGCCCUCAGUCAAAGUGUUCGUCACGUGCGUCAACUGGCCGUUCAGUUAUUGCGUAAUUUGUUGGCCAAACACGCUCUGGACAGACGUUAUUCCGACCGCAAAAUCUUGCGCCGAGUUGUCUCUCUCUACAGACCGACUAUGGAUGUCAUCGCUGCUCACGUGACUCCUCUCCUGGACACUGCUUCUGAAGACCCGAAUCGACGAACGGACGAAAUUCCACAACACGCGCGUCAUCACUCACUUCCCGCGCGAUUCGAUGUCUUAAAUGGCGACGAAUUAAGAGAUCUUUUGAUUUGUUUUGCUUUUCAAACGUCUCUUCUUUCGAAACAAGAUUUCAGACAACUUUCCGCUUCCGCUCGCGAACGCCUCCUUAUUGUCAUGGAAACCAUUGUCAACACUUUCGCCUUCAAGACCGACGCCAUGACUGCCGACAGCCGCUCCCGAACUCUUCCAUCCGCUCUUCAAUCUCAAGAUUUACAAGUUUUUCUUUGUCGUCAGAAUCUAUCGGUUGAAACAACGAUCAUUGCUUUGCGUUCUCUUCGUCUAACGGUUGCGUCUAUCGGGACGACGGAUGCGGACGACGAAACACAACUUUUGCUGCGGAGAAGCGCUUCUCUCGUCGUUUGUCUUUUAUCUCAUUCCCAAAGCCCUCCUCUCGUUGUUCACAUCUUUGACGUCAUAGCACUGAUGGCACGUGACUUCCCGAAGCAGUUCUUCUCUCUUCACGCGUUAUUCGCGCAAAUCGUGGCCAAAGUUGUCGAGUACUGCGACUGCGCUCUAAAGCCGGUCCGCGACGCGGGAGUUGACCUUUUGUUCUCUCUGUUUGUGCUCGACUUCAAGCGGACGCGAUUCGAGACAAUAGUUUGCGUCUCGAGAGUGGCUUCUCUCCAUAAUCGCGAUCUUUCGCGCUUCCAGUCGGCUCUGACCCGAUUACAAUCUUUGGCCGACGCACACGAAAUGUUUUCACAAGAAGACCAACGAUUGGCGCAAACGGUUUGCAGAGUUCGAGACAUUCUCAGAGCAACGCAUAGAAUCCGAACCGAAUGUCGAAAUGCCUUUGAAAACUGCGAACUUCGGCUCUUUCUGGCCAACUCUUACGCUCAGACCAGUUGGGCUUUGAGGCGGACUUGGAUUGAGAAUUUAGCGGCCGUUCAUUUGCAGAACGGUGAUUGGCCAGAACACGCCAUGUGUUUGUGUCACGCAAUCGCUAUUCUUGUGGAACAAUUACGCGCYAAAGGAGUGGUUCUUCCGAAUGCACGACAAUCUGUUGGAAGCGUUUCGCCGAAUGUCGCAAAUGACGACACGAGAGUCGAAAGCGACGAUUGGUUGGAAGCCGAAGACUCGAGUCAUGUGACUCUCGAGUCUUUGGAGCGUUUAAUCGACGAAUGUUGCGAUUCUCUCGACAAAAGCCAACUUUUCGAAUUAGCGCCACAUCUUUUGCAAGUUCUUGUAGACCACGCGCGCCUCCACUCUGACCACAAACGUUUAUCCAUUUUAUACACGCGAUUGUCUCGAAUGCAUUGUCGCGCUCUCGAAGCCAACGAAUCGGGUCGACGUUUAUUCGACACUUAUUUCCGCGUCGCUCAUUUCGGUUCUCAAAACUCUGAAUACGUUUAUCGCGAAUCAAAAGCCGUUUCUUUGGCUGAAAUGACAGCAAAACUCCAAAGACUUCAUCCAAACGCCACUAUUGUCUCCGACUGCGACGCCGACGCCGUCUCCGAGUCGGCCAUUGUCGUCACACACGUGACUCCAUUGGCCGACGGCGCGCGGGACGAUUUGGAGAGAUUUGUGGGACAAAAGAGAUUUGUUUACGAACAGCGCAUCUCAAGGGAAGGAUUCGCUCGAGAAGACGUCCAAAACCAGAUGAAACGACGUGUUGUUCUUCACACCUCUAAUUGGCUGCCAUUUUGUGUAAAACGAGUUCCAGUUGUCGACAGAAAAGACACUGUUUUGCAACCAAUAGAAGUGGCAAUCGAUGAAAUGGAAUCUCGAGUUCAACAAUUGGAACGCGUCCUGACUUCGGCCGACGCCAAACACCUUCAGCUCGUACUUCAAGGAUCCGUUUCGGUGACAGUCAAUUGCGGACCUGUGGCCUACGCCCGCGCUUUUCUGCGUCCGAAUGCCGAAAGCGAAUCGAGAGAAGAGCGCAGACUCCGAACGGCUUUCGCGCGUUUUCUGAAUGCUUGUGAGCGCGCACUCAAAGCGAACGAACGUCUGAUAAAAUCGGAUCAAACGGAAUAUCAUUCGGCACUGAAAGAGGCGUUCGAAAGAAUGCGAGCGGAAGUCGACGUCGAAGGAGACGGAAAGAGAACUUCAGUUCAGAUCUUUGACGUCAUUUCCGGCUCUUCUUUGGCCUGA